AUGGCGCCAAGUAACGAGGAGCAUUCUUUCCUCAACAGCAUCAAGCACACAUUCACACCCUACGACCGCCGCGCUUCGCAGGACAAGUCGCAGCAGACCCAGAACCUUCCGGCUGCUAACAGAACCUCCAACCCUGUUGGCGGUGAAAGGCGCGAAUCCCACCUGAGCACGGCGUCUACGGGCAGCACCAACACCAGCACCAGCCCGACUACCGAGAGCUACCGUGAUGCCACGGGCGUCGGCAGCCAGUUCCUCGAGGACCUGACGCCGGGCCGCCAAGGCCGCCGCAGGAGCAGCAUCAUGGAGGCGCUCAUGGGGGGCGGGCGGCAACGGCGGGACAGUGCCGGCAGCGGGCUCGAGCGGACCAAGUCUGCUGAGCAGAGCAUGAAGGAUUCCGGGGUCGGCCGGGGCGUCGACAAGUACUUCAAGUAUGUCAAUAACUGA